AUGGGUAGUCUAGAUUACAAUAAUAUAAGUAAUAAUAUGAGUAACGAGGAUCAGGACAACUCUAUACACGCUGAUCCUUUCACUGCGGAGGGUUUCCAUCUGUUACAACCGGCUGGUUUAAUGUAUCCUAAUGAGUCCACUGAUGACAACAUCACAGGCAAUAAUAAUACUGCUAUGAAUUCCAACAACAUGAAUAGUUCUCCUAAUAAAGUUAGAAGAAAUAGAGCUAAAGGCGAAACUUUAAAUAUUUUGAAGAGACAAUUUAAUUUGAAUCCCAAUCCAACCCCACAAGAAAGAAGACAGAUUGCCAAAUUGGUUAAUAUGAAUGAGAAGAGUGUUACUAUUUGGUUUCAGAAUAAAAGAGCUAAGAUUAAAAGAAAUAAUAGACAGAAAAGUAUUGAACAGGAACAAGAAAACAAGAUGUAUUCCAAUAAUAAUAAUAAUAUUGAUAAUAAUAAUGUUAUGACCGUCUCUAAUGAGAGUAAAAAGAGGAGAUUUAAUAGAGAUAAUAUGGACAGCGACAGUGAUGAUAGUGGUAUUUAUAGAGAAAAAAAUCACAAUCAACAUGUAGGAGGUGAAGGGGAUGAGGAGGACGAGCAAAGUGAUAUGUUUUUGGAAGAUGGGAAGGAGAUAAAUUUUUUUGAUAAGGUCCCAUUAGAUAUUAAUAACAAUUAUUAUUUUAUCGAUAUUUGUUCCAUUUUGGUUGGUUCAUGGAAUAGAAUUAAAAGCGGCUCGAUACUAAGUAAAAAAUUCAAAUUGCUACAAAAUUUAAAGAAUCUGUCACCUAGAUCAGUGAAUGACAUUAUGUUAAAUUCUACUGAUUUGCUUGUGUUGAUAUCUAAGAAAAAUUUCGAGAUUAAUUAUUUUUUCAGCGCAAUGACAAAUAAUUGUAAAAUUUUGUUUAGAAUCUUUUAUCCAAUAGAUAAUGUCGUGGAUUGUUCAAUAAGUUUAAAUUCAGAUGAACUCAUAUCAAAUAAUAAUAACAAUAAUCAUGGUAAUAAUACAAAUAAUAGUAUUUGUAGUGAACUGAAAUUGACUAUUAAUAAAUCACCAAAUUUUGCAGUGUAUUUUUUAAAUGAGAAUGUUCUUGACACACAAAACCAAUGGUCUAUAUGUGAAGAUUUCUCUGAGGGAAAACAAGUCAAUGAUGCAUUUAUUGGUGGAUCAAAUUUGCCACAUAUCUUAAAGGGUUUACAGGAUUCUUUGAAAUUUAUGAAUUCUUUAAUCCUUGAUUAUAAAGCUACAAAUCAAAUAAUAUCCCCACCUUCUCCUGUACAAUUACCUCUUCAUCUUCUUCCUAUUACCACUACUGCUGUUGCUGCUACUAAUACCUCUUCAAUGGAUGGUCAUCUUGAUAAAUCAAUUAUUAUGCAAUCACAUGAUGUAGAUAUUCCAAUAUCUGUGAAUAUGGCAAUCCCUGAUGCUUCAUCUUUCCAAUCUUUGUCGGAUCCUAAAUUCCAUUCACAAAUUAACGACCGUGUUCCACAAGAUCAUGAACACAACAAUAAUAUUCUUUUUGGUGAUAAUAGACAUAUAUCAUAUGAUACCAUUUCUAAUACUAAUAAUAACAUUAACUUGCUUCAUUAUCAAGAUAGCAUUAACACAUCAUCAUCAGCUUAUUCACCAGCUUUGCAAUUUGAUAGAAAUAAUCUUAAUAUUCCGUAUAAUACAAUCCACAACCAAAUUGAUAAUAGUCUCUAUGCUCAUGAUAAUAUUUCUUCGUCUAUCAUGAAUCAUAUUGAUAAUAAAAAAAAUAAUAGUAAUAUUAGCAGCAGCAUAAAUAAUACUAGUACUAUGGGCACCUCCCUAAAUCCACAUGAUUUAGAUAAUAUAAAUUUAACACCAAGCUCUUUCUUUUUCGAUCAUCAAGAUUAUCUAUCAAGUACCACAAAUGACCAAAUUUACACGUCUUUACAUCAGUCAACAGUAAAUUAUGAUAAUACCCAUAAUGCUAUACAUAAUAUUAAUAUUAACAACGUGAAUAUGGAUAAGAGUAAUAAUUUACUAGAUGAUACUAAUUGA